GACCAUUCAACCCUCUAUUUAUAUUAAAAUAAACUAAAAUUACAUAAUAAACUAUUUUACUAACACCCUACUCAAUAAAAGAGACCAUAAAAAUCUACCAGAACUGAUCCAGAAACCAAAAAGAAACUAACAAUGGCUAACCAAGUGAACAAGCUGGGCUGCAGAGUCGUGCUGUAUCCACAGCCGCUUGUCGGGCACAUAACUCCGAUGCUUCACAUCGGAAACGCCCUCUAUUCUAAGGGAUUUUCCGUCACUUUAAUCCAAACUCGACUCCAUUCACCAGAUCCAGAUGCAUUCCCCAACUUCACAUUCCACUACAUUGAUGAAACACUAUGGAGUGCUGAAGUUCUUGCUUCAGAUCCUUGGGAGAAGGUAGCUUUACUGAAUAAGAGGUUUAUGGUACCUUUUCGAGAUUCGUUGGGUAGGAUUUUAAGGGAUGCUUCCAGUGCGGAGGAGUCGGUUGCUUGCUUGAUAUCGGAUCCAUUGUGGGAUUUUGUAGCGGCGAUUGCUGAUGAAUUUGAUCUCCCAAGGCUUGGUAUCAGAACUGGUGGGUUAUUGGCUUUUGUUAUGUAUGAAUCACUACCACUUUUAAGGCAAAAAGGGUACUUCUCCCUUCAAGAGAACGAACAAGAAGCAGAAGUUUUGGAGAUUCCACCACUAAAAGUGAAAGAUCUUCCAACAGAAAAUCAUGAUGCAAUAGCUGUUACAGUUGAAGAAAGCAAGAGUUAUCGUCAAGGAAUCAUCUGUAACACAUUCAAGGAACUUGAAGGGUCGAUUCUUGAUCAAUAUAGCAGAAGUCUUUCGAAUGCCCCCAUCUUUCCAAUCGGCCCCUUGCACGAGUACUCUCCAACUAGCAUGGGGGGAAUCCUCGAUCAAGAUCAUAGCUCCAUCACAUGGCUAAACACACAAGCACCAAAAUCUGUAUUAUAUGUGAGCUUUGGGACACUUGCAACUAUAACCAAAGAACAGUUUUUAGAGACAGCUUGGGGACUUGCCCAAAGCAAACAUCCCUUCUUAUGGGUGGUUCAACCUAAGUUGAUCAACGGUUCAGAUACAAGUGAUCACGAACUUCCCAAAGAUUUUAUCACGGAAGUGAGCGGAAGAGGUUAUAUUGUAACAUGGGCACCGCAGCGUGAGGUUUUGGCCCAUCCGAGUGUUGGAGGAUUUUGGACACACUCGGGUUGGAAUUCGAUUAUUGAGAGUAUUUCUGAAGGGGUACCAAUGAUUUGCUUUCCAUUUUUUGGGGAUCAAAAGGUCAAUGCAAGAGUUGUGAGUGAUGUUUGGAAGAUUGGGUUGCAGUUGGAGAAAAAGACGGAAAGACGAGAAAUAGAGAGGGUGAUCCAUAGACUGAUGGUGGAAAAAGAAGGUGAAGAGCUAAGAGAAAGGGUAGGAGCUCUGAAAGAGAAAGCACACAGUAGUCUAAUGGAAGGAGGGUCUUCAUAUAGAGCAUUAGAUCAGCUGACUGAUCAUAUUUUAUCAUUCUGUAGAGCUGAAAACCUAAGAGAUGAAACUCACUAAUAUGCUAGACUCGUAAUCUAUGAAACUUGGACUCGGGUACUGAUGUUGGAUACUGAUACGUGUCCAAGCGCCGGAUACGUCUAAAUAUUCAAUUUUACGCCUAAAAUGAAGCGUCUAAGUGCCAAAAUUGGACACGAGUACCAGUAACAUAGCUAGUAAUAAGUUCCACGUAUCAGCUUUCUCGAAACAAGGAAAGAAGAUGAGAGGCCUUGAUCUUUCAUCUAAUUCAAGCCCUUUCUAUUUCUUACCCCAUUUGGGUUAUUUUUGAAAUGUAUUAUUAAAUUAGAGCUACACUCGUGAGACUUUCUCUCGGUAAGAUGACCUCAAAACAAAGAGUCUAUAUGUUGAUAAUUUAUUAGUUGGGUUAUUCAGCCUGCAUCUUACAAUAAUUUGUGAUUAACUUAAGCCUCCAUCUUACGAUUGAUAAAUAAACUAUACUAUUGGCGUUUCAGCCUUGCUAAAAUAUAA